CAACCUUAACGCCGGGAUCUACAUCUCAAGCCAACACGAACGCGCCGGGCAACGAAAGUGGGAUCCGAAAAUCUCCCUGUUGUUUAAUAGCUCUACAAUGACCUGAAUCUUCUGCGCCUGUUAGUUAUUACCUUUCAUUGCCACGAUGCCACGCGAGCGCGCCAUGAACGACGAGGAAAGGGAGCCUCUCACGCGGACCGGUGCCGCAGCGCGCAACUCAGAGGACGAUUCAGAAGGGUCUAUUUCCUCCAUUUCGACCACUUCGCUUGUACUGGAGCACAUAAACGAUGAUGCGGCAGCCAGCAGCGCACCUCGAUCGAACCUGAACGAGAAGUAUCGCGACGAUGAUAGCGGAGGCCGUAGCACCGAUCGAGAGGCAUUCGACGUCGAAGACGGGAAAUAUCCAGAGUUACAACCCGUGGAUAAGAAGGCGCGCCGGCUGCUCUGGAUUGUAGGGACAAUAUGCGUUGUCGGUUGGGCGCUUGCGCUCGCAACUUUCUUGAUGGGUGGAAGUUAUAAGCAUGCAUCUAGCCGUCCCCACGACCCGUUGGCAAGCUCCACCAAGGGCUCCGGGAAGAAAGUCACACUAGACAGUGUUCUUACGGGACAAUGGUACCCAUCUAUGCAGAGCGUAUCUUGGAUUGCCGGACCGGAUGGACAGGACGGUCUGCUGCUGGAAACAGGUGCCCCUGGAUCCGAUUAUCUCGUUGUUGAAGAUAUCAGGAACAAAGGAAACGUGAAGGCAACGGGGAGCAAGACAGUCUUGAUGAAGACAUCGACCUUUUAUGUGGGCGAAAAGUUCAUCUACCCAAGCGAAGUCUGGCCUAGCAAAGACUUCAAGAAAGUCCUGGUUCUGUCCGAGAAACAGAGGAAUUGGCGUCAUUCUUAUACCGGUCUAUACUGGAUAUUUGAUGUAGCGACCCAGAAAGCUCAGCCUUUGGACCCAGAGAACCCGGACCGUAUCAUUCAAUUGGCGUCAUGGUCCCCGCAAUCAGAUGCUAUUGUUUUCACACGGGACAACAACAUGUAUCUCCGACGCUUGGACUCUGACCGUGUCGUCAAAAUCACCCAAGACGGUGGUUCCGAACUUUUCUACGGCGUUCCUGACUGGGUGUACGAAGAGGAGGUCUUCCAGGGGAAUAGCGCCACAUGGUGGUCCGAAGAUGGCGAAUAUAUUGCGUUCUUGCGGACCGAUGAAUCGCAUGUGCCGACCUUCCCAGUUCAGUACUUUAUGUCCCGUCCUAGCGGUAACAAACCGAAGGAGGGCGAGGAAAACUAUCCUGAGGUACGGGACAUCAAAUACCCUAAAGCCGGAGCACCUAACCCCAUCGUAACUCUACAAUUCUAUGACGUUGCCAAAGGAGAGGUCUUCACCGUUGGCAUCGAAGACGAUUUCAAGGAUGACGAUCGUCUCAUCACUGAGAUAAUUUGGGCAGGCAAGAGCAAACAGGUCCUGGUCCGAGAAACAAAUCGCGAAAGCGAUGUCCUUAAAGUCGUUCUAAUGGAUGUCACGACCCGUACUGGGAGGACUGUCAGAACAGAAGACGUCCAGGCACUCGAUGGAGGCUGGUUUGAGGUCUCACAGAGGACCAAGUUUGUUCCUGCUGACCCAUCCAACGGCCGUGAUUAUGAUGGAUAUAUCGACACCAUCAUUCAUCAAGGAUAUGAUCACAUUGGCUACUUCACUCCACUGAACAGUUCCGAACCAGUUGUUCUCACUCAAGGUGAGUGGGAGGUCGUCGAAGCUCCUUCUGCUAUAGAUUUGAACAACAACCUGGUCUAUUACAUAUCCACCGAACGCAGCUCCAUCGAGAGGCACCCCUACGUCGUCAAACUUGAUGGUACCGGGCGAAAAGAAGUCAUCGAAAACAACAAGCCUGGUUACUAUGGGGCCGACUUCUCAACCAGUGGUGGCUUUGCUCUGAUCACCUACAAAGGGCCGGGUAUUCCAUGGCAGAAGAUCGUUAGCACACCGUCCGCAAAAGACAAGUACGAGAAAGUCCUCGAAGAGAACAGAGACCUCGAGAGAUUCGUCCGAGCACAUGAGCUACCUAUCCUCAACUAUCAGGAAAUCGAAAUCGACGGCUUCAAACUCAAUGUUUUGGAACGUCGACCGCCACAUUUCAGCGAGAAGAAGAAGUAUCCAGUACUUUUCUACCAGUACAGCGGGCCAGGUUCACAGACUGUGGACAAGAAGUUUACGGUUGACUUCCAAUCGUAUGUUGCGUCAAGCCUAGGGUACAUCGUCGUAACAGUCGAUGGCCGAGGCACCGGUUUCCUUGGUCGCAAACUUCGAUGCAUUACCAGGGGCAAUAUCGGAUACUGGGAGGCUCAUGACCAAAUUGCCGUCGCAAAGCUAUUCGCAAAGAAGAAAUACGUCGAUGAGGAGCGCAUGGCGAUCUGGGGCUGGAGCUACGGUGGAUUCCAAACCCUCAAGACGCUUGAAACUGACCGCGGGGAGACAUUCAAGUACGGCAUGGCCGUCGCGCCUGUCACAGAUUGGCGUUUCUACGAUUCCAUCUACACGGAGCGCUACAUGCACACGCCGCAGAACAAUGUCGAAGGUUAUGAUAACUCUACCAUCAGCGAUGUCGAUGGCCUCUCGAAGAAUGUACGCUUCCUAGUCAUGCAUGGCGUUGCAGACGACAAUGUCCACAUGCAGAAUACGCUUACUUUGCUCGACAAACUCGACAUGGGAAACAUCGAAAACUAUGAUGUACAUGUGUUCCCAGACUCCGACCAUAGCAUAUAUUUCCAUAACGCUAACAGGAUCGUCUAUGACAGUAAGUAGUUCCCCUCACGUGCAUUCGAGCUUGGUAACAAAUGCUAAUAUGUGUUAUUAGAAUUAAGUUCAUGGCUGAUCAAUGCAUUCAAUGGAGAGUGGCUGCGAAUCGAUAACGCAGUACCCAAAGCACAAUCCGAAGGCAAAGAUAAGAG